UAAGAUCUUGGGUAAUUAAAUAUAAAAUUAGUCAAAGUGCUGUGAAUGGUCUAUUACACAUUUUGUUAAGAAAUAAUUUAAAUGUGUCAGUUGAUUGUAGAAAAUUAAUGAAAACACCACGUAAUAUAUCAUCACAAAUAAUAGAAAUGAAUGAUGGAAAAUAUAUUCAUUUUGGAUUUGCAGAAAGUUUGAGACAUUCGAUUAAAAUGCAUUUCCAAACAUAUCCAGUAGAAUUAAAAGUAAAUAUUAACAUAGAUGGUUUACCUAUAUCAAAAAGUUCAGGUAGUCAAUUUUGGCCGAUCUUAGGUGCUAUAGUUGCAGAUUUUUAUUCCGAGCCAUUUGUUAUAGGUAUUUACCAUGGAAAUACAAAACCAAAAGAUGCCGAUGUGUUUCUAAAAUCAUUUGUAGAAGAAGCAAAAUGUAUUCUCGAUAAUGGUUUGAAUAUUAACAAAAUGAUCAUUCGUAUUAAAUUAAAUGCUAUUAUUUGUGAUGCUCCAGCAAAAUCAUUUAUUUGUGGUAUUAAAGGUCACACGGGUUAUUUCAGUUGCACAAAGUGUAUACAAGAAGGUGAAUUCAUUAAUAAUAAAGUCGUUUUUUUGGAAUUAAAUUCACCCUUGAGAACGGAUCAUUCCUUUUCAACUAGACAACAUGAAGAACAUCACGUUGAAAAAUAUUUAACUCAAUUAACUAGUAUAGAAACUUUAGGCAUUGGAAUAAUUUUUACUGUGCCAAUAGACUGUAUGCACCUUAUUUUUCUUGGUGUUAAUAAAAGAAUACUUCGAUUUUGGAUUAAAGGUGCGAUAAAUAUUCGAUUACCUGCCGUUUCAUUAGAUAAAGCUCAACAACGUAAUAACAAAUUAAAAAAGUUUAUACCUGUUGAAUUUGCACGUCGACCAAGAGAUUUGUUGGAUCUAGAUAGGUGGAAAGCAACCGAACAUAAACUUUUUGCAUUAUAUACAGGAAUAAUCAUAACAAAAAAUGUGUUAUCUAAAAAAUUAUACAUGCAUUUUACCUGUCUAUGCGUUGCUGUAAGAAUUGUAUCGGAUAAACAAUAUAAGCAUAUGCUUCAUUACGCACAAUCUCUUUUUGAAUAUUUCGUUCGAAAAUUCCGCGAGUACUACGGAGAUCAAUAUUUAUCACACAAUGUGCAUAAUUUGCUACAUAUAUGUGAAGAUGUAAAACGGUUUGAAACAAUCGAUUCUUAUUCUGCUUUUAAAUAUGAAAACUAUUUGUAUACAAUAAAAAAAUCGUUACAAGUCAGUGGUAAACCUCUAGAACAAAUAGCUAACAGAAUUAUAGAAAAGAGAAAUAUAGAAAAAAAUUUUCGAUAUUCCAUGAAAGAUUAUCCGAUAAUUUAUUACGACAAAAAUAAGACAAGAGUAAAGAGGGUAGAAUUUGAUGGAUUUAUGUUAUCAUCCAACAAUCCCGAUAAUUGUUGUAGUCUUAUAAAUAAUAUAAUUGCUACGGUGAAUGAUAUUUAUUUUAGCAAUAAUAUUCUAUAUUUUAGAGUAACACAACAUCUCUCUGUUGAACCAUUUUUCUCUUCUCCGUGUGAUUCAACGCUGGUAGGAAUUUAUAAAAUCAGUGAAGCAGUUUUGUCAUAUGCAAUUGUUACAGCUAAUGAAAUUUCGCGUAAAUGUUUAAAAGCAGAUAAUAUUAUGUCUUCUGAUGAUGAUCAUUCAAGUAUAAUUAUUAGUUUAUUACAUUAGGUUUAUUAUAAAGUAAAGGGUGGGACUGGUUUGACCACGUUGCAAUUGACCAUCAGCCACUCAGCGCUUCAACAGAGAAAAAUCUCUAGACACCAGUGAAUGGUUGUAAUCAAUCGCAAUGUGUCAAACAGGACGCUCCAAACAGGACGAAUUAUUAUACUAUCUAUGCCUAAGUGAUAUUUUAUAUUUUAUUAUUAUAUAUAUGAUUGUACUGAAGAUAUCAUAUACUUCGCAUUGAAAUGAGUUUCCCAUAUGCGGUUGUACAAUUUCCAAAAGAAGGGACAUACUCCGAAAUUCCGACCUCGUGGCUUACCAAAGAUUGCACCAAAUGUAGAUGGCCAACAACAAAGAAUGCUAACUUUUUUAUUAAAAAAAAUAGUCCGCCAGAGGCUGACUGGCAACUGUUUGAUGUUAAAGUAGAAUGCUAUUGUGAGAAUUUAAAUAAGGCACGGAAAAAAGCAGAAGAUUCUAAUUAUGCUACUUCUUCUGACGAAACCAAAGGGCGUGGAAAAAGAAUAGUACACGAGAAAUAGUUCGACGAUGAAUUUGAUACUUGCGAUGACAGUAUAGAUGACGAUGAUGAUUUACCUCCGCAAUUUACUAAGGCUUCACAUAAGAAGUUAAAAUCAAACAAAAGUCAUAAUUUAUCCGAAAAUAAAUCUGACGAUUUACCUCCGCAAUUUAAUGAGAGUUCACAUAAUAAGUUACAACUAAAUAAAAAUCGGGAUUUAUCCGAAAAUAAAUCUUUACCUGAUAAACAAUUAGUGCAUAACCAGUAAUCUUUGUGCAAAAAAGUCAUAGAUUUCGAUUUUAUUUUAUCUCCGUUAGCUACAACUGACGACAUUGAAAAACUGUUUCCAAUUUGUGUGGAGACAUUAAAAUAUAUAAAAAGCAUUGAUAAGAGAUUAAAAUCUUUGGAAAAAAACAUUAAUGAUGUAGAAGAAUAUACGAAUACAUUUGAUGAGAUACUUCCCAUUAAUUCCAUAGAGAACUGGAUAAAAUUCGAAGAAAUGUUGGAAACUAAUGAAACAAAAGCGACUUUUAUCGAAUUUAUGAAAACAAUUGGAGGAAAAGGCAGCAAAAAUAUGGUACAACGAUGUAUGAACCGUUUGUUUACCAAUAAAUUUGGUAUAAUCUGUUCGUGGUGUGGUCGUAGAAAUAAUUAUCGCAAGUGUGAUUUAAAAUGCAUCCG